AUGUCGCUCCCGGGUCUCGAGCUAACACAGCCAUCGGAAGAAAGAUCGCAGGCACCGGCGCCACCAUCGCAGAUCAACCUGACCCCAGGCUCGGAGUGGCGGUUUGAGGUUGCGUUUGGACAUGUUAUCAAAGUUAAGCUUCUCAAUGGUACCGCCGAACUCUUCGGAACAGAGCUUGCCGAAUCCCAAACCUACACAUUCACCGGCACAAAAGCGGCAAUCUUCACAUGGCAUGGCUGUACACUCGAAGUCAGCGCAGCGGAGACAGUAUCAAAUCCCUCUGAUGGAGUAACACCGACAGUGGGACACGGCGCAGGAGGCUGCCAAAGCGAAUACACGGCCGAGGAAACCCCAAUGGUGGAAUAUGCCAACGUCCACUUUGCGCUGGAGACAAUGCGCGAAGAAGCUCAAUCAAUAGGCAAGGAUGGCCCGCGAGUGCUUCUUCUCGGCUCUGAAAACACCGGAAAGACCAGUUUGGCUAAAAUCCUAACUGCCUAUGCGACGAAGAUCGGCCGUCAGCCGUUGGUCGUGAACCUCGACCCUACCGAGGGUAUGCUGGGUGUCCCUGGUACACUGACUGCGACUGCCUUCCGCACCAUCUUAGACGUUGAAGAUGGUUGGGGAAGUAGUCCCAUGUCCGGGCCCAGUCCCGUACCGGUCAAGCUGCCGCUUGUGUACAGUUACCCGAUGCAAAGCCCGCUGGAUGGCGAAGGCGCCGUGUACCGACCAGUCGUUUCGCGUCUUGCGCUAUCCGUCACGGGCCGGAUGGCCGAAGACGAGGAUGCCCGUGAAACGGGAAUCAUCGUUGAUACGCCCGGAAUCCUUGGCACAGACAAGCCGGGCACCAUGGACCUCAUCAACCACAUUGUCACGGAGUUCUCGAUCACCACGAUCCUGGUUCUGGGUUCGGAGCGCCUGUACAGCACCGUUGCCAGACAAUACGACAACAAGCCCACUUCCAGCGCAACAGCCACUGUCUUCGACGAGCACAUCUCCGUCGUCAAGCUCUCUAAAUCGGGUGGUUGUGCUGACCGUGACGAGGCCUUCCGCAAGGCAACGCGGGAGUCCCAAAUCCGUUCCUACUUCUUCGGAAACCCCAUCCCCUCUUCCUCGCCCUCUUCCGCCAUCACACUUUCUCCUCAUGCACAGCAGCUUGACUUCGCCUCCCUUCCCGUAUACAACUACACCGUCUCCUCCGCAGAUGACGAAGACGAAGACGAAUAUGACCCUUCCCAGCUGGGAACAGGCGAUUCCUUCCUCCCCGGUGGUGGCGGCAUGGAUGACUACACCCCACAAGAAACAAAGCCAGACCUAGACCGCGCCGCCCCCCUUCCUGGUGUCGUAGGUUCAUUCUCCGAAUCCGCCGACCAUGCGAAUUUCAACGUCAACGGCAGCGUUCCUCUGAAGAAGGUCCUUCCACCUGCUCCCUCUGCUCUGGCAAAUACCCUCCUUGCCAUCACUCAUGCCCCUGCGACGGCAUCCCCCACCGAAGUCCGUGACGCCAGCAUCAUGGGCUUCUUGUAUGUUGCCGACGUCGACGCGGACAAGGGCAAGAUCCGUGUGCUUGCGCCUGUUGGUGGGAGAAUGCCCCCACGCGCUAUUAUAUGGGCGAAGCGUUGGCCUGGUGAGUUGGUGGGGUUGGUGGGUUAG